CCAGCCCAAGGGGGAGGCGGCCUGUGGUCGGUGAGGUUAGCCGGCUUGUUCGCGUGAUCCCGGGCAGUGGUCCUACGGCUUGGCGCCCGCGGUGGACGGGUCCCGGACCCAGCGCCUGGGCGCGUCCCCUGAGGUGAUGAGGCGGUUCCUGGUACUGUAUGCUACACAGCGAGGACAGGCAAAGGCCAUAGCAGAAGAAAUAUGCGAGCAGGCGGGGGCCCACGGCUUUUCCGCAGAUCUUCACUGUAUCAGCGAGUCAGAGAAGUACGAUCUCAAAGCGGAAACAGCUCCUUUGGUGGUGGUUGUCUCUACCACAGGCACCGGAGACCCACCUGACAGCGCGCGCAAGUUUGUGAAAGAAAUAUGUGACAAGACACUGCCCACGGAUUACUUUGCUCACCUGCGAUACGGAUUGUUAGGUUUGGGUGAUUCGGAAUACACGUUCUUCUGCAACGGGGGCAAAGUGAUCGAUAGACGACUGCAGCAGCUUGGCGCCCGGCGUUUCUAUGACACUGGCCACGCCGAUGACUGUGUCGGCUUGGAGCUGGUGGUUGAGCCGUGGAUUGCUGGACUCUGGGCCGCUCUCACAGAGCACUUUAGGUCAAGGGAAGGACGACGGGAGAACGGGGCCCCAAGGGCGCCCAACACCUCAUUGACUGCAGAGGCCAUGAAGCCAGAGUCACUCCAUAUUGAAUCUCAAAUGGGACUUCUGACGUUGAAUGAUGCAAGAGGAAAGGGUUCUGAAGUUGUGGCCCAGAAUGAGCCAAGUAGAGGUCAGUCAAGGGCGGCGAUCGAGGACUUGGAAUCCUCGCUGAUCUGCUCGGUGCCCCCGCUCUCACAAGCCUCUUUGAGUGUUCCUGCUGCUCCCGCAGCGUAUUUACAGGUGCACCUGCAGGAGCCCCCCGGCCAGGGGGAACGUCAAGCCUCUGUGACUUCCGCGGAGCCCGUCUUUCAAGUUCCAAUUUCAAAGGCGGUUCGGCUGACUACGAGCGAUGCCGUAAAAACCACUCUGCUGCUGGAGCUGGACAUUUCUAAAACAGAUUUCUCCUAUCAGCCUGGUGAUGCCUUCAAUGUGAUCUGUCCAAACAGCGACUCUGAGGUGCAGGACCUGCUCCAAAGACUGCAGCUCGCAGACCAGCGAGAGCACCACGUCCUCCUGCAGAUCAAGGCCGACACCAAGAAGAAAGGAGCCGCCCUACCCAAGCACAUCCCUGAGAGCUGUUCUCUCCAGUUCAUUUUUACUUGGUGUCUUGACAUACGAGCAGUUCCAAAAAAGGCAUUUGUGCGAGCCCUCGUGGACUACACCAGCGACGGUCCUGAAAAGCGGCGGCUGCAGGAGCUAUGCAGUAAACAAGGAGCUGUUGAUUACAACCGGUUCAUCCGGGAUGCCUGUGUGUGCCUACUGGACCUGCUCCUGGCCUUCCCGUCCUGUCAGCCGCCGCUCGGCGUCCUGCUCGAACAUCUUCCUAAGCUCCAGCCCAGGCCGUAUUCUUGUGCAAGCUCCAGUUUGUUCCACCCAGGCAAGCUUCAUUUCAUCUUCAGUGUUGUGGAGUUCCUGUCCCACACCCCCGCGGGGGUGAGGCUGCGGAAGGGUGUGUGCACGGGUUGGCUGGCCGGCUUGGUCGCCUCAUUCCUUCAGCCAGAGUCGCAGGCGUCACCUGCAGACAGCGGGACAGCCCAGGCUCCCGAGAUCUGCAUCUGUCCUCGAGCAGCCAGCUCCUUCCACCUCCCGGACGACCCUUCGGCCCCCGUCAUCAUGGUGGGUCCGGGAGCCGGCGUCGCGCCCUUUAUCAGCUUCCUGCAGCAUAGAGAGAAACUCCAAGAGCAGCACCCGGAUGGAAAUUUUGGAGCCAUGUGGUUGUUUUUUGGCUGUAGACAUGAGGAGAGGGACUACCUGUUCAGAGACGAGCUCAGGCAUUUCCUCGAGCAUGGGAUCCUGACUCACCUGAAGGUCUCCUUUUCAAGAGAUGCCCCUCGAGGGGAGGAGAAGGUCCCAGCGAAGUACGUGCAAGACAGCCUCCGGCUGCACAGCCAGCAGGUGGCGAGGGUCCUCCUCCGCGAGAACGGCUGCAUUUAUGUGUGUGGAGAUGCAAAAAAUAUGGCCAAGGAUGUCAAUGACAGCCUUGUGGAAAUAAUAUGCAAAGAGCUUGGAGCUGACAAACUAGAAGCAAAGAAAACGUUGGCUACUUUAAAAGAAGAAAAACGUUAUCUUCAGGAUAUUUGGUGAUAAAACCAGAAAAUGAAGGAAAAGAAAUAAGCCUUUUUCACUGAAGAUACUAAACCACAGUUUUACUGAAACUGAGAUUUAAAUCUUUUUAAAUUUUCUUUUAACAUUUUUGGGAGCCCCAGAGAGGAGCAGGUCACUGAACAGCCUGGCACACUUCCUGAUGCGAUUUCAUCUGCCUCUCCCGCUCCCUGCCCGUGCCUGUGACCCUCGCUGAGGUGCCUGUGAGCACAGGGGCGGCUUCCAGCUCACCGGCAGGUCGUCAGGCGUAGAGGACUUGGGAGGCCUCAUCCGGUUUUGUGCCGCGUAGCCUGAGGAGCCUUCCGGUAGGAUACUCGUGCGGGUGCCGAUGGGCUGCCGUGGGCUGGGUGUGCAGCUCUUGUGAACUUAUCUUGCCAAUAUAUUCUUAAAAUAAUGUGAUGGUCCUAUAUGUUUUGUAUGAUGUAUAUUCAUAAAGAAUAUCCACAUUGAUUUAUGGAAAUUACUCAUGUAGAACCUACCUGUUGCAUAUUUAUAUAACUAUCAAAUAGUUAUUACCAAAACUAUUUCUGAUAAAAAUAAUUUUAAAUUAAUCUGUAAGAAUUUUUAUGCAAUUAAAGCUGUGAAAUAUAUUUUGAAA